GCUUAGGGGUGCUUUUUUUUUUGGCCCCACUCACUUAAUAAAGGACUCAACACGAACCCCGACAUGUGACUCUUGGUAUGUUUGUUGUUGAGCAGUUGCGCUGGUUGGAUCGUUGUGUUUGGGUACUGUUCGAGGCUUUCUCAUCGACACUUGAACACCGCAUGGCCGAAGUCCACCAAGCAGAGCUCUUGAGAACCCACUGCGGACACCGUGGUUUUGGUGGAAGAUAUGCUUUGGGUCCAGGGAGUCUGUUCUAGCACCGUGGGCUGGUGUUCCUUCAGGUUGAUCGAUCUCGAUCGGCGUGUUACCUUCAGCUUGCGGCUUGGGUAUGUUGCCUUGGAAAAAUCCACUCGGUUCUGUGCAGCUCAUACAGGCCAACAACCUUUUGCGCAAGGAGUCCCAAGUGCAUAUUGAUGGAAUCUUAAACCAACCGCUAGGUCCGCUAGGUCCGCUAGGUCCGCUAGGUGCUGAACACAACACCGAGUUUGGGCUUCACUCUGAGUGUCUCCAGCGCCACCGGACCUCGCUCCAUCUUCCACGCGCAGACCGGGGACCGUUCGUCCCCCGGAGACCGGCGGAACGGUCCGCGGUGUUCGUUCGGUCUCGCCUCGGUGCGAGGGGACCCUCAGGUGGGCAUUCGAAGUCUGGUGAAGUGACCUGAACGUGCGGAUCCCGUAACCAGGGGUACCCAACUGGGAUAGUUCGGGUCAACCUUCGUCAGGUCAGGUCGGCGCCGUCCUUGAAAGAGAGCCGAAGGUCGGCCCUGAAAGAGGUGAUGACAGGACUCAAAAGGUAACUGCUCAAGCAUCAAAAGUCCAAUGUAGUAGCUCUUGGGUAGCAGCCCACUGCAGUGCCCACGGACGUCCACUAGUUGACAUUCUUAGGCUCGUUGUGUUUCAGAAUCAUGCCCCUUCCUGGAGUUCCUUCCAUUUCGGGUUUGGCAUAGAACAUGUAGAACUUUUUGGUGCGGCUGGCACACCUAAAUCCGGCUCUUUGGACCAUGCCAAGUGGAUGAAGGUGCUUCUACACCCGAAGUUGAACACUGGCGAAUUCAGUGCCAGGACCUUCCUGGCCAGGCUGUUUUUGGGACCAUAACACAGGCUAACAGCGUGUUUUUUGGUCAAACACCUGUUGGAGGGUGCCGGCAACAAACAUGGUUCGGCAAAGGCACGGAGUCACUGGUGCGAAUUCGCGGCAAAGAAUCAAUCCUUCGGUGGAUGAUCCUUGGACAUUGGCUUUAAGAUAGAUGUUGUUUUGUAUUGAUCAGCUGAUUUUUCUGGCAGGUCCGAUGUUUCCUGUGCUUCCGACAACUCGGCGUCUCUUUGGCGCUUUCAUCCCCGCUACUUGCGGGCACUGGAGGGCUUCGAUCGGCACCAGUGGGCGCAAGGCACGGUGCAGGGAGCCAUUCGUUUGCUGCUGCUCCUUCAGCCGACUCCAACGGUCAAGGCUUCCGAAGCCCGCGGCUGGGCCGUACAGGCGAUCCUGCAAGACUUGCAGAAGUGCACCGAGUGGUGGCUGGUGAUGGAAAACCGGCAGGCGCUGCUGAUUCUGGUACGAGGCCCCUUGGGCAGCGACGUGGCGGAGCAUUUGUGCCAGGUGUGGCAGAGCAGCUGCACGGUCGUCCAACUGGUGGAUCUACCAGAGGACCUGGACCUGGCCAGGCAAAUGCUGACGGACACCGUGGGAGAGGCCAUGCAAACCAGCCGCUGUGUGCUGAUUUUGCCCUUCGACUUCUAUGAGGAGGUUGAUGAUGCACGUCAGGGCACCUUGCUGGAGACUCCUCAUUGGGAGUCCUGGGCCAUUACGCUGGCGCAUUGGAUGGCCCAAAGGUCCAGAGAGAAGCUGGUGGUUCAUGUGGCCUUGGGUCACGACUUUGCUCGUUCCACCGACGAUUUGGCCAUGGUGGUUUGCACAGCGAACAGUUUGCCCAGUGACAGGGAGAAGCGGCACUCAAGGUGCUCGAAGCCGGUUUUGGUGCAUGGGCUGAAGUACAUGGAGGACGAGAGCUUUGUACAAACCGGGCUGGUGACCUUGAACCAAUACGGAGGCUUUGGCCAUGGGACAGCCUUUCAGAAUACCGAGCUCGAGGACUUUGGCAGUCAGGCAUUCUGGGGCGUGCUGGGUUCUGGACCUCUGCGGGUACAGCCCCUGUUCUCCUACCUUCACUCCCAUGAAAGGUCUUUCACGGACCUCAAGAACUUUGGGCAAUACAUCGUCCAGCACCACACACUGCCCAUCCUCACACAGCAACGGCUCAUUCUCUCAAUGGCAGGAUCUGGACAAUCCUACGUGCGGCUAUGGUUGGAGCUGCUCUCUGGCCGCCCCACACCGGCCUUGGAAGGCUUCUAUGCCCAGCGAGGGAACAGCCUUGUCGAGUGCUUUCCAGGCUCCAUGCCCCAGGUGAAUGGGCAAAUGGCACCCAUUGCAUGGGUGGCGCACAGUGGCUUCGAAGCGCGGAAAGUGGCGCCCUUUGCCUCGCUGACGAGCUUGGUGGUGCUCCUCCGCGACUAUGCCCAACUGUGGCUCCGUCAGAAGCGCUCUGCUCGGGCGGAACCCAUGAACGACUUCGUGGGCGAAUACCUGGGUAAUUUGGAUCCGGUGCCCCGCGUGAAAGCCGCUGGUGGGACCACACUGGUGUUGUAUUUCGAUGAACUCUUUGGCUCAGAGUCUUUGCCUUUGCCUCAGAGUCUUUUGGAUUUGCUCUCGCUAGGUUCACCUGACCUGGAGCAGAUGACGUCCUUGCGCUCAAGCAUCUCACAGUUGAGUCUGACUUGCGAUGAGUUCGAGUCCCGCCCCGAUUGUGCAGCGCCAUGUCGGAAUUUGAAGGUAGCUUAUGCCAAGUCCAAGCAUCCGCAACCCUCGGCGCCGCGCGAGGUGUCUCCAGAGGAUUUGCCAGAGAUCUACCAGCUGGAAGAACUCCUUUGCGCCACGAACCCCACACACGUGAACACCUUCCUUCUGCAGAAGCGUUGGGGCAGCGGUUUUCUCCAGGGAUGCGUGGAUGGGGCCGCGAGCUUCUUCCCGCGGCCGUGAGUGCGCCAAAAAAGGGCGUCAUCGGACUCAGGGGCUUUGGAACCGCGGGUCUUUAGUCCCAACAGAGGUGGAGAGUGACCCGAACUAUGACCCGGAAAACUUGG